GUGUGCGGACCUCUGUUUACCUUCCUCUACCGCCGGACACAUCAACCAUAUACACUGUAACAUUUCUGCAGCUCUACCCACCUCUUAUCAUAUUACUGUGAGGGAUACAGCCUCCAGCCUCACAUGUAUUGCAUUAGAAUAAUUAGCUCAUCCACGCGACGCUAGUAUGCUCGUGCUGUGACUCACCCUCAAGUAUAAUACUACGCUUCCAUAUCCGAGGAACGGCGAUACUGUUUAAAGUUGAAUGUGCUUGUACUAACAUUAAAAAAGGCUGAGCGCAAUACAUGUGUGCUUGAGACUGAUUCACCGCCUCUGCUUGAGGCGGCGAAUAUCAUUAAAACAAUAACCACACACACACACACUCACUCACUCACACUCACACUCUCGCCGUCAUGGUGAUGUGAUCCCACAUUUAACCUCACAGGCGUUUACAAUUUAUUGCCAGUGAUCCGAUCAGUAUUACCUUACGCAAACAUAAGUGCAUUGUUUUGAAAGGGACUUUAAGAAAGCAUAUACAUCGUAUUCUCGGAAAGCAUUCAUCGUAUAAAUUUAAACUAGUGAGAAAAAGUUUCUGAACCAUCAUUAGUGAGAUACAGCAUCUGAACGCAAGUUAAUGAAAACCAAUCUUUAAAUUAGUGAAAUGCAGAGACUGAACUUACAGCAGUGAGACAAGGCAUAUGAACCCACACUAGUGCAAUACUUUGACUGAACCUACAGUAUUGGUGACGAUACGGUAACGAUAAUAUCUAGAUCAUCUCAAUAAGAAGGAAGCCUCUCAGGCAAAAGGAUGACUCUUGACAAGAAGCACGUGUUGGUGGUAGUUGCGGUGACGACCAUGCUGGUGUUGGCAGUGUGGCAAGUCUCAGUGGAGCCGCGACGUCACAGUCAGUACACUGACAAACCCACGCAUUCUCGCCACAGGCGCUCGCAGCCCCACCCACAUAUUAACAUGACUACUCCAGAGCUGAUCAAGGCCCGCGGGUACCAGGCCGAGGUACACCAGGUCGUCACGGGCGAUGGGUACAUACUGGAGAUGCACCGCAUACCUCAUGGUCGCUCCCCGCCGUCACCUACCCAGGCACCACCAACCACACAAACUUUCCACAAAAUUGAAGCAGGACGCUGGUUGCUUGGCCAGAUGACGGAUAAUCGGAGUAGCGUCCCGACAGCAGCUACCAGUAGCAGCGGAGGGCGGCCCGUAGUGUUCCUCCUGCAUGGUAUUCUCCUCUCCAGCGCUGACUUUGUGAUGAAUGAUCCGGACCAGGCAUUAGGGUUCAUGAUGGCUGACGCUGGCUAUGACGUCUGGAUUGGCAACAACAGAGGAAACUUUUACGGCCGUCGUCACGUCCACCUUUCACCCGAGGAGCCCGAGUUCUGGGAGUUCAGCUGGAACGAGAUGGCUCGCUACGACAUGCCUGCCAUGCUGGGGUACGUGCUCAAUGUCAGCGGGGCGGCCCAGGUGAGCUUCGUGGGCCACUCUAUGGGUAACUCUCUCCUCUUCGCCAUGAUGUACUACUAUCCCCAUCUCACCUCCUGGGUGCGGGUGAUGGCGGCCAUGGCUCCUGCGUCGUACAUCCACCAUAAAAUGGGACCCGUCGGUUUACUUGCACACAACAUUGACGUGAUCGACGGAGAGCUACGGAAGCAAGGCAUAGUGGAGCUGUUCCGGCUGACCCCUGACCGCUCCUCCCUCACCAACUCACUCUGCGGACCACACUCAAUUACUAACUUCAUUUGCAUCUUCGUGCACUUUAUUAUUGGUGGAGAGAACAGCAACUACCUGGACCGGGAGUACUUGCCAGUUAUCUUCGCCCACAUGCCCGCGGGCACGGGGUUAAGAGUCUUCACGCACCUACUACAGAUCCAAGCUGCUCGCAAGUUCCAGGCCUUUGACUACGGCGAAGCAGAGAAUAUGGUGAAAUACGGGACGACCUCGCCUCCCUCUUUCCCUCUCAGCCGGGUCAAGAUACCAGUCGGCCUCUAUUGGUCCCGUAACGACUGGAUUGUGGACAAGCUGGACUUGAGGCAGACGGCGGCGGAGCUGCCCCGUGUAGCCACCAAUUACAUGGUCCCUCUGCGAGGCUUCAACCAUAUGGACUUCCUUUGGGCAGAGAACGCCUAUUACCUUGUUUAUCAACCCCUCAUUCAGUUUAUCAACGAAUUUCAGUGAAUAGAAAGUCACUAUAAACUUAUUGUGUGCAU